UUUGGGAAGAUGGCGUUGAAAAUUACAAGUUUGCUAGAAAAGAUGUCAUCGACGGAUAAGGAUUAUCGCUUUAUGGCUACAAAUGAUUUGAUUUUAGAGUUGCAAAGUGACAGUGUCAAAUUAGAUGAUGAAUCCGAACGAAGGAUGGUAAAUAUGGUUGUAAAAUUGUUAGAAGACAAAAAUGGUGAAGUGCAAAACUUGGCGGUGAAAUGCUUAGGACCACUUGUACACAAAGUAAAAGAUGCACAGGUACAAACUAUAUUUGCCCACCUUUGCCAAACAAUGAUUAAUGGCGAUGAAGAAUUGCGAGAUGUUUCUUCGAUUGCAUUGAAAACUGUCGUUGCCGAGUUGCCUGUUGCAAGUUCUCCAUUGACAAUUGCAGUAAUCAAGCUAUUAGUUCCACCGCUGAGAGAUGCAUUGUGUAAGCGUUUAUCAUGGAUUACACCAAGCAUAGAUACGAACGGUGUCGAAAUAUCAGUAAAACUUGAAGUAAUUGACAUUAUCUCUGACAUCAUUUCUCGUUAUGGAUCAUUAUUUACUCCUUAUGUCAAAGGGUUUCAAGAAGCCUUACUUGAACAACUGGUUUCCGAUCGCCAAGCUCUUCGAAAACGAUCCAUUGCAGCGUUAUCGAACAUGCUUGCCCUUGCAGAUAUUUCACUUUAUGGACAAACAAUGGAUGUUAUUGUCCAUCAACUUUCGAAUGGAGUAAUGAUCUCUUCAACUAUUUUGUUUGCAAGAUUAUUUUCUGUCGCAUCCGUUACGCAAAUUCGUACGAUAGUACAGACAUGUCAGAGUGUGUGCAAAACUACUAGUCGUCGUUUCGCAAAGCAUUUAUCAAGAAUGCUUCCAUUAUUAUUAAAAUAUGCAACAACUACAGAUGAUGAUGAAUUCCGGGAAUCCUGUAUUCAGGCUUUUGAAACAUUUGUCUAUCGGUGUCCUCGUGAAGUAACGCUAUUUAUUCCAAGGAUCGUUGAGAUAGUGGUUAAUUAUUUAAAGUACGAUCCUAAUUAUACUUAUGAUGAAGAUGAAGAAAUGGACAAUAUUUCUCAAAUGGAUACAGAUGGUGAUACGGAUGAUGAUGAUGACAAUGGAGAUGAAUAUUCAGAUGAUGAUGAUCUGAGCUGGAAAGUACGCCGAGCAUCCGCUAAGUGCAUUGAAGCUCUCAUUUUAUCGCGUCGUGAUGAAAUCGUUAAAUACCUGACUUCGUUUGGACCUCUUCUGAUUAAUCGCUUCAAGGAACGGGAAGAUAAUGUGAAAUGGGAAAUAAUGCAUUCAUAUACUGCAUUGCUUUCGCAGUUUCGCAAUUUCAUCCCAAAUUUCUCGGAAAUAUGCGUUUCAGAGGAAAAUGGUAGUGUCAAAUCAAAUGCAUGUGGUGAUAUGCAGACGAUUGUGGUUAGAGGUGGUAUAGUACUCAAAAAUUUGCUAAGUACUGAGCAGCUGGAAACGUUGGAGGCUUUGGAUUCACAGAUUCCCUUGCUUAUCAAGGCAGUGAGCCAGCAGCUGAAUACGAAGACAUUGAAAACAAAACAAUAUUGUUUCGUUUUGCUCACCCAACUGUUAAAAGCGUAUCCGGGUGCGCUUGGAGAUGAGAUGUAUCUUUUGAUGGCUGGAGUAUCAAGUGCUAUGAAUGAUCGUUCCCUGAAUACUAAUGUAAAAAUCGAUACGUUGACUUUUCUGUCAGCAGCAUUAUGCACUCAUCCACCAGAGAAACUACGUGUGCAUAUGGGUAUAUUGGUACCACUCAUUGUGCGAGCUGUGAGUGAACAAUUUUAUAAACUUACAGCAGAAGCAUUAACAGUUACUACGUCGUUAAUUCGUGUAUUGCGUCCUAUACCUUAUGAAAAUGACAGCUUUGAUUGUUCGACCUAUAUAAAUAGUCUUUAUGAAGCAAUAUUCGGCAAACUGAAAGCAACAGAUAUUGACCAAGAAGUGAAGGAAAAAGCUAUAACGGCAGCAGGUCUCCUUAUUGCAACUUUUGGUGAUUUUUUGGAAAACAAGUUACCAGCCUGCUUACCGAUAUUCUUGGAUCGUUUACGCAAUGAAAUGACUCGUCUUGUUACAAUAAAAGCAUUGAUAACAAUUGUGAACAGUCCGUUAUCAGUUUCUUUGCAGUUCAUCAUAUCAGAUUCGUUGUUAUUACUGGCAGAGUAUUUGCGCAAAAAUCAUAGAGCUUUAAAGAUUUCGGCAUUGAAUUUACUUGAUUGUUUGGUCACAAAUUACAAGCAUGGUGGCUUGAAUGGUUAUGAAAUAAGGAAAGUAUUAGAAGAAACGCCGGCUUUGAUUUCUGAAUUGGAUCUGCAAAUUAGCCAGUUAACUCUUACUUUUCUUAGUCAUUUGAUGACUAUAGAGCCAACAAUUGUAUCGUUCAGUUUACCACAGAUACUUUCGGCAUAUGUGGAUCUCUUACAAAGUUCUUUACUUCAGGGUGCAACACUGACAGCAUCUUUGAAUUUCAUUUCAGUUCUUGUUCAGACUGAAGUCCCCCAAAAACCAUCUUUUGAAGUAUUAUUGGAUCAGUUAACGGCACCGGUUUACGAAAAAUCGUUGCUUCAUCGUCAAGCUUAUCGCUCCAUAUCAGCAUGCACCGCCGUAGUUGCUUCGGCAUCUGGUGAGCUGAAUCGUUGUCGUAAUUUGGCAAAGAAAUUAUCAGAUCAGGUGGCAUCAGAUGAAGCAACAGAUGGUGUACGAUUGUUUUCACUUCUAGCAAUUGGUGAAUUGGGUUGCACAUGCCCGCGAACAUUCGAUAUUUUUGCUCCAAAACCUGAAGAAUUGUUAGUGGAUGCUUUCAAUACAACAGCAGAGGAGAUGAAAACAGCUGCAUCUUACGCGUUGGGAAGGCUUGCUUUAGGCGAUCUUGAAAAAUAUUUACCAUUUUUGCUUGAACAAAUCAACUCACAACCAAAGCGACAAUAUCUUUUAUUGCAUGCGCUGAAAGAGGUGAUUGGUGCAGAAAGUGGUGAUUCUAGAGCUGUAGAAAUUUUCCGCCCCAGAAUUGAACAAAUUUGGCCAGUUUUGGUGACACAUGCCAUAGCUUCAGAAGAAGGCACACGAAACGUUGUUGCAGAGUGUUUGGGCAAAUUAUGUCUUGUUAAUCCAGAGCAGCUGUUACAGCGACUCAAGAGAUGCGUCAGUUCGUCCAAUCCAUUAAUGCGUGCUACUGCCGUGACAGCAGUGAAAUUCCUAAUUGUUGAGCAGUGGACUGUUGUUGAUGAUCUGUUGCAGUCAUCGAUGGAUCAUUUUUUGCAAACUGUUACAGAUCAAGAUCUCAACGUACGUCGGGUAGCACUAAUAACUUUCAAUUCUGCUGCUCAUAAUAAACCUCGGCUGAUCCGAGAUUUAUUGCCGAUAUUUUUACCGUAUUUGUACAGUGAAACAGUAAUCAAAAAAGAAUUAAUUCGUGAAGUUGAAAUGGGCCCAUUCAAGCAUACUGUUGAUGAUGGACUUGAUUUACGAAAAUCAGCUUUUGAGUGCAUGUAUACAUUGUUGGAAACAUGCUUGGAACGUCUUGAUAUUUUUGAGUUCAUCACACACAUGGAAAAUGGUUUGAAAGAUCACCAUGAUGUUAAGUUGCUGAGCUACUUGAUGCUUGCUCGUUUAGCUUCUUUAUGUCCCUCGCAGGUGCUUCAAAGACUUGACAGUCUUUGUGAGCCGUUAAAGAUUCAAAUACAAGCUAGAACUAAAGCGAACGCUGUAAAGCAGGAAAAUGAUAAACAAGAUGAACUUCGUAGAGCAGCACUCAGAGUUGUUGUUGCAUUGCAGCAUAUUCCGGAAGCAGAUAGGCAGCAGCAGUUUGCUGAUCUCCUUACUAUAAUUCGUACUUCUUCAGAGAUAAACUCCAUGUAUCAGGUGACUCAUGCUUUUUCGCUUCUUGAUAAUUAG